CGGUGGCCUUGACUUGAUAGUGGAUCUGUCCGACUUCCGGGUGAUUCGCGCGUUUUUAUUUGAAUCGUAAAAUCGUCAAUACUUGGGAUUCUCCCAAAAUUUUUAUACGAAUGAAUGAAAAGGAUUUCAUCGAUGAUUGGAUGAUUCCCGGAGAGAUCAAACUAUAAUUAAUUAUAAUUAAUGACUGACUGAUUUAUAAUAUCUGUUUCCACCUCGAGUGAUAAACACCCGAAGAAAAACCCGAGGCUUCUCGAAUCCAAAAAUAAACCGCCCCGAGAUGACUUAGAAGAUGCUAGACUUCCUGCAGAUGAGCGUAGGAUAAUCUAGAAUUUUUAUUUUUAAUUCCGUUGAGUCUAUAAAACCCGAGUCACCUGAAUCCCCGUAAGUACUUUGAACCAAGCAAUCCCUGAGUAACCGUGAACUCAAAUCGAGUGAAGUAAAACAUGUCAGCGACAGUCGACUCGACUGAAGGUGGCCCGACCUACGAUAUUCUCUCCAACGACAAAGUGGGAAGGUAUAUGGUAGCGAGCAAAGACCUAGACCCAGGGGAGGAGAUCCUGACGGAGUUGCCCUUCGUAGUCGGUCCAAAAGCCUCGACCUACCCCCUCUGCCUCUCCUGCUACACCCCCUGGCCCCCAGCCCCCGAUAUAAUCCCCCUCUGCACCAAGUGUCAUUGGCCUGUCUGUAACGAGACCUGCGAGAACGCACCACAACACCAGGAACACGAGUGCCCAGUUCUCCAGGCAUCGAAGGAGAGAUUCAACGUGAAAGAAGCUCUAGAAGGAGAGAAUCCAAAUGGUCUACCCCAGUUGGAAUGCAUCACUCCCCUGCGACUCCUCCUGGCCUCGGAGAAAUUCCCCGAGAGGUGGAGUAAAGAGGUGAAGGACAUGGAGGCGCACAAUAAAAAGCGGAGCCAGGGCACCCAGUGGAAGACCGACGACACGAAUAUCGUUAAAUUCAUCAGGGAGCGAUUGAAAUUGGCGAGAUUCUCAGAGGAAGCCAUUCAGACAGCUUGCGGUAUCCUGGAGAUCAAUAGCCAUGAGAUCAGGACAUCUGGGGGGUACGGGGCCAGAGCUCUGUAUCCCAUUGUCGCCCUUAUGAAUCACUCGUGCGUUUCUAACACUAGUCAUAGCGUCCAGGGUGACGAUUACAGGGUGAGACUGAGAACAACAGUACGAGUCCCCAAGAAUGGUGAACUACUUGGAAGCUACACCCACUCCCUUCUCCCCACGAUGCUGAGACAAGAGCAACUUCUUCUGGGAAAGCAUUUCCAAUGCGCCUGCCCCCGGUGCUCUGAUCCCACAGAGCUGGGGACACACAUGUCCUCCCUCAAGUGCAACAAGUGCGAUAAUGGAGUCGUUAUUUCACUGGACUCUUUAGAUCCCGAGAGCUCGUGGAAGUGCACUCACUGUGAAUUCUCGACGAGUGGUGGAGCGGUGAAGAGAGUCCUCCAGAUAAUAAAUGCCGAGGUCGAGGCAGUGGAGGCGAUCACAGGCGACUAUGGUCCGGAUGCUAUUCACCAGAGAGAGAGCAUCGUGAAAAAAUAUCACUCGGUUCUCCAUCCCCGUCACUCUUUUCUCACAAUGCUAAGGUACUCGUUGUCCCAGUUAUAUGGACGCGUGGAGGAGUACAACCUGGACGAUCUCCCGGACAUUGUACUGGAGCACAAAGUCGACAUGUGCCGGCUGCUCCUGCAGGUGCUAGAUGCUAUUGAACCAGGACUCACGAGAAUCCGUGGGAUGACUCUCUAUGAACUCCACGCGCCUCUUCUAUUUCUCGCAAAGUCCCAGUGGACGGCCGGAGCUAUCGACGACGCAGGGCUCAAAUCCAAGAUGACGGAAGCUGCGAAUGUCCUAAAAGAAGCUGCCACCAUCCUCAUCCUGGAACCCUCCGAAUCCGUGGAGGGACAGAUCGCGGCCGGCGCCAGGGACGCGUUAAAUCAGCUCGAGCAAUCGAUAAAAGAUCUCUAAAUCAAUUAAUCCAAUUAUUUAAUUAUUAUCAAUAAUUAAUUAUUCAUUUUCCACUGCUGUACC